AUGGAGUCAGACGAAGAUUUUGCUGGAAGCUUUUAUGCAAAUUUACGCUCAAUAAUUUCUCUCGCAGAUAAUCUUCGUGAUGCAGGUCUUCAAAAAUAUAUCCGUUUGCCUAGAAUUGUCACAUUAGGAAUCCAAAGUAGUGGGAAAAGUUCGGUCUUAGAAUCCAUCGUAGGUCUCAAUUUCCUUCCCCGAAGCGAAGGACUCUGUACAAGAUGUCCAUUGGAGCUGCGUUUAGUUCAUUCUCCAGAAGAUUCUCAUCCAUGGGCAGAAUUCGAAGGUGUUCAAGAGCACUUCCAAGAUUUUGAAAAAGUAAAAGAAAUGAUUCUCAAAUUAAUGGAAAAUUAUUUUUUUUUUUGUAAUGAAAAAUUAUUUAUAUAAAAAAUAUUAUAUAUAUAAAAUAUAAAAAUUUGCCCGAGGAUGGCGCUAUUUUGCGCUAUCCUCGGGCAAUUUGUAUAAAUUUGUUUUCUAGAAAAAAUUUAAAAAAAAGUUUUAUAUUUACAGCCAAAUUAACAGAUGAUAAAGCAGGAAGAAAUAAAGGAAUUGUGGACGAUCCAAUAGUUUUGACUAUACAUUCAAGCACUUGUCCUGACUUAACCCUAAUUGAUUUGCCUGGAAUUACUAGAAUUCCUCUCGCUGGGAGUGACCAUCCUGCUGACAUUGAAAGAAUUACCAAGGAAAUGUGCUUUCGGUACAUUUCCGACCCUAGGACUAUUAUAUUGUGUUUGUGCCCAGCAAAUAUUGAUUUAAGCACAUCUGAAUCUCUGCUGAUGGCGAAAAAGGUAGACAAAUCAGGCCUUAGGACGAUUGGUGUAAUCACAAAGCUUGAUAUUAUGGACAGAGGCACAAACGCUAAAAGAAUUCUUUUAGGCGAAGAAAUCCCACUUAGAUUAGGCUACGUUGGUGUUAAAAACAGGUCACAAGAAGACAUAAACAACGAAGUCAAGGUAGAAAAAGCUUUAAUCCCCCCUUUGUGAGAUAAAAAAUUUGUUUUCUAUAAGAAAUUAAUUUUUUAAAUUUAUUAUAAAUUUUAAUAAUAUUGUUUUUUUUUUGAUUUUAAAGAAAUUCACAAAAAUCAAAUUUAAUUUGUAAAAUUUAUGUUUUAAGAUGGAAGCUCAACAGAAUUAGCUCAAGAUUUCAUCAUAUUAUAUAUCCAAAUAUUUUUUCAUAAAAAAAUUUCUGAUUUUCCCAUGGUUUGGUCACUUACGGGUUAGAAGAAGAAAAACAGUAUUUUUCAAGUCACCCUGUUUAUUCCACAAUGCCGGCAGGGUAUCUUGGUGUUGACACACUGACCCAAAAAUUGACGAAAGUUAUGUUUACACACAUAAAAGGAUUCUUGCCUGAAAUUAUGAGACACAAAUAAAAUGGCGACGACACCGACCCGUCCUCUCCCGGAACUGAGGCGAGAUUGGGGACCUUGCUGCGGCCUGAAGCCAAUCCGCCCAGGGAAAAGUCUGGAAUGGGUGCUGGUAGUUUGUGUCCGGCUAGGUUUCCCUCCAAGUCCAGCAACGGCGAUCCUAGGGUCGUCCCGAUAGGACACGGGGCAAAAAGGGUUUUUCCUCUAGGGACCGCUAGUGCCAAUUUGGAGGGCAUGGCAGGAGCCGACAAGAGCUAAGGAGUUAAUCCUUAGCUCUAACCCUAGUCUGGCGACGUGAAGCACGGUGACCCAGUCCGCCUACUUCCGGGAUAGCAUGACCAAGCCCCAUGACCGGAAGGAGCUGCCGUCGAAGACGUGGACAUUUGCCCUGGAAGCACCCUGGUGAUCGAAGCGAGUUUGUCUCCAGCAGACUGGUGGGCCCGAUGCGACGAAAGGCGAGUGAUAAACCUGGAGUUGUAACCCCGUAGUGGACGUUAAGCGAUAUAAAUUCUAAUGUAAUGUAAUGACCGGAAGGAGCUGAGUGGUAGCCUGUGGCACUUAGGUGCACACUGGGAGCAGGGCAACAAAAGCAAGCGAGGCGUCCAAAAGACGGAAGAAAAGGACUUCGGUCCUGGCCGGGAGCUACUCUAUAAAUUUAACUAAGACUAUGACUAGGCCUGAAAUUAUGAGAGAAACUGUUUAUAAAAUCAAAGAGUGUGAAGAUAAGCUUAAAGAGCUUGGCCCAAGCACCCCACAGGAGCCUAAACAAAAAAUCCAGCUCCUUUGGAACAUGGUUCACGAGUUCUGUGAAAUCUAUAAAAAUACUAUUCGAGGGAAAUUUGAUAGGAAAUUGUCAUCGAGGCUGACAAAGGAUUUGCCUGGUGGUGCUACAAUAAAAGGGUAUUUUAAUAGUUUACUAUCAGAAUACGCAGUGCCGAAUUAUAAGGCGACAGCAUCCUAUACAGAUGAUGCUAUACAGCAAGCUAUGAUAACUCAUGCUGGUGACACUAUUCCAGGUUUUCCAUCAGUUGAUGUAUUUUUAUAGACUUUUCUAUCUAAAAUCGGCUUCAGCCUGUUUAUAAUAUUUUCAUAUUUUAAAAAAAAUCAAGCCAAAAGUUUUUAUUUCUAAAUACCCGAUUUAUCAAUCCUUUAUAUUUAUUACAACCUCUAGUCGAGCUUAUAAGAGACCCCGUUCUCGACUGUCUUGCCAACGUCCACUCCUACCUUGAAAACCUGGCCCACAAGCUAAUUGAGCGAAUUUUCCACCGUUUCCCCACCCUGGUCGGCGAAAUCACUGAGCUUUCCACUCACGUCCUCGCCAAGGAAAGAGAUCUCUGUAAAAAUUUCGUCGAAAAAAUCAUCGAAUCUGAAGAAACCUACACAUUUACCAACGAUUCUGACUAUUUGACCUGCAGAACUGACAUCAUCCCAAAAAGCGACGGUAAGCCAAAAUCUUCAGAAAGUAUGUACGUUGACGAAAUAAAGAACAGAAUCGACAAUUAUUUUAGACUGAUCAUUAGGGGUGUAAGAGAAAGUGUGCCUAAAGCAAUAGGGACUUUUCUUGUAAGGUCAAUUAUGGAUAAAAUACAGCUGGAGCUUUUUGAGAGAAUUAAUAUGAGUGAAUCUAUUGUGAAUAAACUGAGCGAGCCGAAACAUAUUACCGCAGAAAGAGAUAUGCUGAAAAAUCAGCUGGAAACGUUGAGAAAAGCAGAAAAAAUUUUGAAGCAUGACCCAGCACUUGCAGCACAGGCUGAUUCGCUGGCUGAUGAAAUUGCGAAGGAAGAAGAAGAAAGAAAUGCGGCAAAGGCAAAGAAGGAUAAAGAAAAGAAAGAAAAAGAAGUGGCUGAUGCGGCGAGAAAGAUAGUAGAUGAAGUAAAAGAGCCAGAAAUUCCAAAAGCUGAGGAACCUAGAAAACAAGAUAUUUCACCACCGAAAAAUGAUGUCAAAAAUGAUAUCAAGACUCAGCCAUCAAAUUCAUUAUUCGGCGAGCCAAGGAAGAAUACAACUCUUCAUAAAAAGUCAGAAAAGUCUCUUUUCUAA